UGCCUCCUCCAAUCCAACCUCAUACGGCAGCUGAGCGGAGCACCGAGCAGACAUGGACACAUCCACACUUUAACUUUCGCCGCUCUGCCUUCUCCAUGCUCCCCUUGCCCUGAGCUUCCAGUGUAAAGAUUAAAGACUUCACUGGUUGGCGGCCGCAUGGGAAUUGUAGACAUUUCUUCUCCUUCUUCUUUUUUUUCAACAAUUUCCACUUAAUCCCGUCACUUUCCGUGGAAGGGCUGUUGUUGUUGUUCCGGGCUUCAUGCUCCCCUCAUGCGUCGGGAAAGCCAUGGCCACUCCAAGCGCACAGCAGCACCACCACCACCAGCAGAACCAGGACUACUUCAGGUCGGUGAGCAGCGAGUCCACCACCUACAUGAUGGUCCCCACGGGGAGCCCCGGCGGGACCGCGCGCCGGGAGGCACCGUCCAAGAUGUGGUUGGCCAUGGUGGUGAUCGUGGUGGUGGUCCUGCAGAUUGCGUCCACCACUGGGCUCUUUGUCUACCUGAACAUGUCCAUCUCACAGGUUCGUAGCCAAGGAGUGACAGAGGAACUAAAGUGCCUGAGUUUACUGAAUGCUCUGGACAAGGACCAGGACAUCCCGGAUCAGCUGGCCCAGCUCUUUGGGGAACCAUGCAUCAAGUUGGCAGAAGGCAUCAAGGCCUACAUCUCAAAGGUGACGGAGAACAUCAUCUCCAAACAAACCUUCAUUGAGGCGAGAACAAUGCCUCGCUCUUUCAACAACUCAAAGUUCAUGAGCUCCGUGGCCCAGAGGCCGUCUGCCCACCUGACUCUUCGGGACACCAGCUCUCAAGGGUUUUCUCCCUACCCGAUUCCUACAGCGGGCCUCCACCAGUCCUGUCGCCAUGUGGUCCGCUCGUGGGCCAAUCAGAGCUUUGGAGCUCACCUGCACAACAUGACGCUGAGCAAUGGGAAGCUGCGAGUUCCUCAAGACGGGCGGUACUACCUGUACUCACAGGUAUAUUUUCGGUAUCCGUCUCCAGCAGCCAGUGACGGGGACCAGCGCAGCGUCAGCCACCAGCUGGUGCAGUGCGUCUACAAGAAAACCUCCUACCCAAGCCCGAUACAGCUCCUGAAGGGGGUGGGAACCAAAUGCUGGGCUCCAGAUGCCGAGUAUGCCCUGCACUCAGUCUACCAGGGGGGCCUGUUUGAGCUGAGGGCCGGCGACGAACUCUUCGUAUCUGUCUCCUCUCCUACUAUGGUGAAUGCCGAUGAUUCGUCCAGUUACUUCGGGGCCUUCCGCUUGGACCUUUAAGAGAACGUGAUGGGAGAUGAUUGGUAAAAGAGACGCUACGGAGGAAAUGGAGACAAUGAAACAGACACCUUUUUAAUAUCAAUUGAUUACAAUUGUGAGCCUCGUUCUUGACACACUAAAUGAGGAAAACGAUUGGGAACCCUGCAAGAGGUUUGAGUGAAAGGGAGAGAAGAGUGGAUUUGUCUUUCCUACUUCCCACUGAGAGAAAAAUCGGUUGAGAGACGUGCAAUCAUCAAUAUGAGAGGACAGUACUAAUUUCCAGUCGAUUCUUGCAGUUUGGAUUUCCCAAAAGAAGAUCAUUUGGACAUCCCCGCUGAAAACAAUCUCGGUGAAUUUCCUGUUUUAAACAAACUUUGUUGUAAAAAGCAAUCGUACCCACGGAUCUCCGAACCAAAGAAUGUACACACCCGUCUUCUGCAUCAAAGAUGUGAAGAAGGGCUUUCGAACGGUAGCAGAAGAAGCGCAAUGAUCAAACCAAAGCAAACUGUCUUGAGUUUAACUUUUCUAAGCGUGCCAUGAGAGUACUGUACAUAUAUAGGCCUUACGAUGAGAUGUGACCUGCGGUGAUUUUUUUUUAAAGUCUUAAUUCAUUUGUAUUUUUACUUUGACUUGACCUGAAAACCACUUGGACUAGAACCAUGAACUGUAUGAAAAGUAUGACAGAGGAUAAGGAUUUCCUUUUCUGGCUGGAUACUGUAAGGAACUGUGAUCAGACGAGAACUUUCUGAAGAAGAGUCUGUAAAGAGAAGUGAAAACAAAGAGGACAAAGGUGAAAUCUUGUAAAUGGUAAUAAGAAUGAGCCCAGCAAAGCAGAGGAAGAUAAAAAAAAGACUCACAGAGGCUCAGGGUGGCAUGCAGCCCAACCAGUCUCUUGAUCUUCCCUUCUGUCAAUGAUUUCUUCAUGUUUUCUCAUAAAAAGUUUAAUCUAUGUUGCCUUUCUUGUCUAACCUGUGAAGUUGAAUCGUGUUUUACUGUAAGAAAAGAAUCAGAAUGUGCAGAAAAACACUAGUUGCUCAGUUGCAAACAUUCACAGCUAGCAUGGUUGAAAAAGUAAAAUUGUGAACAUUUGGGUUUUUUUUUUUGUUUAGGGACUACGUUGCAUCUAGCACCUUGUACAUUGAAAUACAUUCAGAUAAAUGUUCAAAUGCUAAAUUUA